AUGCUGGAUGUUUCGCGCGACAACAGCCGAGGCACAGCAAUAACAUCGCCCGUCGAACCAACAACAACAAACGAUCAGCUCCAGAGCGACUUCAGUGCAGCAAGCACAACCAUACCAGCGCUGACAGUCUUCGAGUCCGACCAGUCCGGUAGCUAUAGGACCAUGGCGCAAUGCGCAAAGACGCUGGUGAGCGUCCCGGUGCAGGCAUUGUGCAUUUUCCUCAUCACGCAAGUCAUACAGUACGUACAUCUGUGCGUCGACGCGGUCUACGAUUUCACGGGGAGAAGAGCCAGGUCGAAACUCAGUGCCGUUGCUUGGAGCAAGCUGUCCAUCGGCCUGUUGCUGCUGAGCGCCUACCAUGCGGGGCUACUGAGGUUGACAGUCCAGGGGUACCGGAAUCUAAGGAAGGGAAGCUUGACGAAGUGA